UCAAAAGAUUUCAUUUUCACUUGUUUUCAUUGUUUGAGUUGAUUUUAAUUUUGUUUGUUUUGUUUUUUGUUUUGAAAAAUGAAAAAAUCACCGGCUCGUGGUUGUCAAACACCUAAACAAAAUAAUACAUUAUUGAAUUAUUUUGUUCGUACAACACCAAAAUCUACAGAGAAAAAUGAUUCAUCAACUAAACUACCCCAAACACAAUUAAAAGAUUCAUUAAAAACACCCGAUUCAUCCGAUAAACGUAUUAAACUUUCUGAUCAAUCAAAUAAAUCUGACAAUGAUCAAUAUUUGGAAAAAGAAACACCAUCCAAACGAAAAACUGAAUCAGAUAAUGGUGGUGAUAAUGAUGAUGAUAUAAUAGGCAAAUCAAAUGAUAGUUCGAUGCGACAACGAAAAAAUAAACGAUUCAAACGAAUUUUUGUUAGCUCCGAUGAAGAUGACGAGGAAAAUGUAGGCAAAGAUGAUGAAGAUGAUUAUCAACCCGAAGAAGAAGAAGUAUCUUCAGAUCUAUCAGAUAUUGAUGUUGAUGAUUUGCUUAUUUCCGAAAAAGAUGAUUCGAAUUAUGAAGAAGACGACAGUGAAGAUGAUAAAACACCACCAACAACAAUUUCGAAGAAAUCGAAAAAAAAUUCCAAAAAGAUAAUGGUAAAAAUUGAAGAUGAUGAUGAUUUGAAAACCGAAUUAAAAAUGGAUGAUGAUGAUGAUGAAAAAUCAAAUAAUGAAUAUGCUAUUUUAAAUAAUGAAAAUGUUUUUAAAAAAACAUCAAAAAACAAUUUUUCCACAUCAUCAUCAAAUGUACAUAAACCAACUACAUCGGAACAAGCGAUCGAUACACAAUGGCCACAUCUUUCAUAUAAAUUUUUACAACCAAAUUAUAUAAAAGAUUUAAAUGGUAAUCGAAUGUUACUAAUGAAUGGUGAAUUAAAUAAUGAUUAUGAUCAAUCAACAUUGUUUAUACCGAGCGAUUUUUUGGAACAACAAACACCAGCAAUGCGUCAAUGGUGGGAAUUAAAAUCACAAAAUUAUGAUACAAUCCUAUUCUUUAAAAUGGGAAAAUUUUAUGAAUUUUUUCAUAUGGAUGCUGUUAUAUGUGCAAAAGAAUUGAAAAUAUUAUUUAUGCGUGGUAAUUAUGCACAUGCUGGAUUUCCAGAAAAAUCCUAUAAACAAUAUGCCGAUGCUUUAGUACAGAAAGGAUAUAAAGUUGCCCGAAUUGAACAAACCGAAACACCUGAAAUGAUGUUGGAACGUUGUAAACAAAUGAAACGUUCGACAAAAUUUGAUAAAGUUGUUAAACGUGAAAUUUGUCGUAUAUCAACAAUCGGUACUCGUUAUAUGUCCGAUAUUGAUGCUGAUACAUUUUUGGAUAAUACUUCAUAUUUAAUGGCUUUUACAUGUAAAGAAUAUAAAAAAUCUUUUUUCAAUUUUGGCAUUUGUUUGGUUGAUGUAUCGGUUGGAAAUUUUAUUCUUUCACAAUUUUAUGAUGAUCGUCAUAAUUCAAAAUUUCGUACAUUAAUAUCACAUUAUUCACCAGUAGAAAUUAUUAUUGAAAAAUCUAAUCAACAUUCGAAAUUGAUUGAUGCAAUUUGUCCUUGUGCACGUGUUCAAAAAAUGAAACGAUUUGAAUCGUCUAGUCAAAUAUUGAAAUUUGUUUAUGAAAAAAAUUUAUGGUCAAAAAAUAUUUCGAAAGAUUUUCUUGAUCAAAUUCUUGAUCCAUCCGAUGUGAUACAACAAACUGCACGGCAAGAAUUUGAAUUGGCUAUCAUGUCGAUGGGUGCUAUAAUUGAUUAUUUAAAAAAAUCAUUAAUAAUUGAAGAUAUUAUGUCAAUGGGACAAUUUGAAAUUUAUAAUCCACCAGAAUUUGAUUCUUUGAUUACAAAAUUACCUGAUCAUAUGAUUAUGGAUUCGAUGACAAUGAAAAAUUUAGAAAUUUUUGAUUCAUUAACCGAUAAUCAGAAUAAUAAUAAAAGUAAAACAUCAACUUUGUUUAAAAUUAUUGAUCAUUGUCGAACGACAUUCGGUAAACGAAUAUUACGUAGUUGGAUAUGUCAACCAUUAUGUGGAUUACGUGAAGAAUUAGAAAUGCGACGUGAAGCGGUACAAGAUUUGGCCGAAAAUAUUGAUAUUGUUAGCUGUCAUCAACAAUGGAAAGAAAUGUUGAAAAAGAUUCCCGAUCUUGAUCGUUUAUUAACACAGAUUCAUUCACAGUCAUUAUUGAAACGUUCGAAAGAUCAUCCAGAUUCACGUGCAAUAUUAUUCGAAUCGAAUAUAUAUCGUUUGCGAAGAAUUAAAACAUUUCUGGAUACAAUUGCUGGUUUUGAUCAGAUUUCAAAAAUUGUUCAUUCAAUUCAAUCGAAAUUAAAUUCAUUCAAUUCGAAAUAUAUUCAACAAUUGUUUACAUAUGAAGAUGAUGGUGGAUUGUUUCCUCGAAUCGAUGAUAAAAUAAAAUUUUUUCGUCAAUCAUUUGAUGAAGAAAAAGUACGUAAAGAUGGUCAUUUCAUACCAGACAAUGGUAUUGAUGAUGAUUAUGAUCAAGCCUGUAAAGCAAUUGUCGAUAUUGAAAAAAAAUUUGAUGAUUAUCUUAAUGAACAAAAAUUAUUGUUCAAAACACGUAUUACCUAUGUGAAUGCAUUAAAAAAUCGUUAUCUUUUAGAAAUACCUGAUUCACAUGCAGCAAAAAUUUCAAAAUAUCAAGAAAAUUAUGAAUUAAAAGGUUCACGUAAAGGUUAUAAACGUUAUUAUACGAAAAAAUUAAUCGAAUUAAUUGAACAAUUGGAACAAGCUGAAAAUGAUAAACAAAUACUUUUAGGUGAUAUAUAUCGUCGUCUUUUAGCAAGAUUUGAUCAAGAUUAUAAAAUUUGGCGCCAGGCAACAUUAUUGAUUGGAAAAUUUGAUGCAUUAUUAUCAUUAUCGAAUACACGUCAAUUAUUUGAAUCAAAUGGAUCGAAUUCUUGUUUACCGGAAUUUUUAUGGAAUCAUCAUCCGGAUCAAUCGAUUAUUCUGGCAAAAGAUUUACGUAAUGCUUUCCUAUUGAUCAAUAAUACUGUUAUACCAAAUGAUAUUGAAUUAACAAAUGAAACAUUAAUUUUAACUGGACCAAAUAUGGGUGGUAAAACUACACUGAUGCGUUCGAUUGGUUUAUUGGUUAUAUUGGCACAAAUUGGUUCCUAUGUACCGGCAAGUAAAUGUCAAUUAACACCUGUAGAUCGAAUAUUUACACGUAUCGGUGCAUAUGAUAUUGUAUUGGAAAAUGAAAGUACAUUUAUGGUCGAAUUAAGUGAAGCAUUAUCGAUAAUAAAAUAUGCAACAAAAUUAUCAUUAGCAUUGAUUGAUGAACUUGGUAGUGGUACAUCAACAUUUGAUGGUACAGCUAUAGCAUCGGCAAUUAUUUUUAAUCUUUCUGAAUCGAUAAAAUGUCGAACAUUAUUUUCAACACAUUAUCAUUCGAUUCUUGGUGAAUUGAAUGGUAAAGCUAAUAUUAAACUUGGUUAUAUGUCAUAUAUGAUUGAAAAUGAAAAUGAUAAAGAUCCAACGGAUGAAAAUAUUGUUUUCCUAUAUAAAUUACGACAAGGUGUUUGUAAUAAAAGUUUUGGAUUCAAUGUAGCUAAAUUGGCCGGUAUACCAAUGGAAAUUAUACGUCGUGCAUAUCAACAUUCACAACAAUUCGAGCUAGAAUGUCGUAUUAAAUCAUUGUUGAAUUGGUUUAAACAACAAAAACAACAACAAUUGGAUAAAACAAAAAUCAUUAAUGAUCAUGAAGCUAAAGAAAAUUGUCAACAACUUUUAUCAACAAUUCAAAUGUUACGAAAAUUUAUUAAUGAAAAUAAUCCAUAG